AUGUCAAAACCCUCAACCUACACGACGCCGAAAUGGUGGAAAGAAGCCGUCAUCUACCAAAUCUACCCAUCCUCCUUUCAAGACACCAACGAUGAUGGCUGGGGCGACGUCAAAGGCAUAACCUCCCGAGUCGACUACCUCAAGCAGCUCGGCAUCGACGUCGUAUGGACCUCCCCAAUCUACAAAUCCCCCCAAGCAGACAUGGGCUACGACAUCGCCGACUACAAAGUCAUCGACCCGAUCUACGGCUCGGUCGGGGACGUUGACAACCUGAUCUCCGAACUCAAGAAACGUGAAAUGAAAUUGAUGAUGGACCUCGUGGUCAACCACACGUCCAACGAGCAUGACUGGUUUCUGGAGAGUCGGUCAUCCAAAACCAAUCCCAAGCGAAACUGGUACAUCUGGAAACCUCCCAAGUCCGUCAGUGAAGCGGGCGUGCCCGAACCACCAACCAACUGGGCCCAAAUUCUGGGCGAGGCCAACUCAGCAUGGGUCUACGACAGCGAGACAGGGGAGUACUAUCUCUCCGUCUUCACACCCGAACAACCCGACCUCAACUGGGAGAACCCUGAAGUCCGCGAAGCGGUCUGGGACGUGAUGAAGUUCUGGCUCGACCGCGGCGUAGCAGGAUUCCGAAUGGACGUCAUCAAUAUGAUAUCCAAAGAUCCCUCGUACCCAGAUGCACCAGAGAUAUUGGAUCCGAAAACCCACCAGUAUCAGCCAGGCACGCAGUUCUUCGUGAACGGUCCAAAACUGCACGACUACCUCCGCGAGAUGCACGACCAAGUCCUGUCCAAAUACGACACCAUCACCGUCGGCGAAAUGCCCGGCGUUUCCGACGAGAACGAGAUCCUGCGCACAGUCGGCGCCAACGCGCGAGAGCUCAACAUGAUUUUCAUAUUCGACAUAGUCGACAUCGACAAGCCCAAUGUCCGCAUGGCCCUGAAACCAUGGGACGUCAAGGAGAUGAAGUCGAUCAUCACGCGCUGGCAACGCUGCAUGAUCGACCGCGACGGCUGGAACUCCGUCUUCAUCGAGAACCACGACAACCCGCGCAGCAUAAGCCGGUACGCGGACGACAGCGAUGCAUUCCGCGACAAGAGCGCCAAACUGCUAGCCUUGAUGCAGACCACCUUGGGAGGCACCCUGUUCGUAUACCAGGGCGAGGAGAUUGGCAUACGUAAUGCCCCAACAGAAUGGGACAUUGACGCAGAGUACAAGGACAUCGAGACCAUAAAUUACUGGAAGAAAUGUAAGCAGAUAUACAAGAAUGACCCAGAACAGCUCGAGCAUGGCCGGAAGAUCAUCCAAAUGAAAGCGAGAGACCAUGCACGUACGCCGAUGCAGUGGAACAACAAAGACAACGCCGGCUUCUGCCGCUCCGGUGUCAAGCCCUGGAUGCGCGUCAUGGACGACUACAAGCAGGGCAUCAACGCCGAGACACAGAUGAAUGGUGGCGAUGAGAAGGAGCUGUCUACCUGGCAGUUCUGGCAACGAGGCAUCCAUGAUCGCAAGGAACAUGCCGAUGUCUUUGUGUAUGGCGACUAUCAAGAAAUCUCGCCGGAAGACCCAGACAUCCUUGCGUAUGGCCGGACAAGCAAGUCUGGAGAGAGGUGGUUGGUAAUUUUGAACUUCUCGGGUAAGGAUGUUGAAUAUACUUUGCCAGAGAGCUUGAGUGUAGAGUUCUGGGCUUGCAGUACAUACGUCAAGGGUCGACCGGAGAAGCCACAGAAGGGGAGCAUUCCACUCAAACCGUGGGAGGGCAUCCUUGCCAAAUGCAAGAUAGACUAG